ACUAUUUUGACCGCUUUGCUUUCGUCUCAUUCGUGCUGUCCAAUCAAGCUCCACUAAAGCGAGGCACCGCCAAGAUCAGAUUGUGAGAGACGCUGCUGUAGCAAGGCUAACGGAAAGUCGAUAGGAAAGGCUAGCGAGCGAUCUGUUAACCUGUAAGGUGCACCGGGGUCUGAAUAGUGACUGGCAGAAGAAAAGUCUUUUUAACCUAAAGCAUACCUCUUUUCGGUCCUUUGGGAUCAUGGCUAAAGAUGCUGGUCUAAUUGAAACCAAUGGAGAGCUAAAGGUUUUCAUCGAUCAGAAUCUGAGCCCUAGUAAAGGUGUCCUGUCCUUGGUUACUGUCCAGCCCACAGCUGCCCCUGUGGCCAAACAGCUACUACCCAAAACCCUUGGGCCAUCCAAUGUGAACGUCGCUACACACAUGCAAAAUGUGCCACACAUGGUGAUUGGAACACCCCAGAGGCCUACCGUAUCGAACACCAUUUUGGUAAACAGUCCACACACACCCAGUUCCCAGUUCCUCACACAGAGUCAACCAGCCGAUGCCUCUCCUUGGUCAUCAGGAAAACGUGGGAAGAAAGGGGAAAAGAAUGGGAAGGGCUUGAGGCAUUUUUCCAUGAAGGUGUGCGAGAAGGUGCAGAAGAAAGGAGUGACCACGUACAAUGAAGUGGCAGAUGAACUGGUGGCAGAAUUCAGCUCAUCAGACAACCACAUGUCACCGAAUGACUCACAUGUGUAUGACCAGAAGAACAUUCGGCGACGCGUUUAUGAUGCACUUAACGUGCUUAUGGCCAUGAACAUUAUUUCUAAAGAGAAAAAAGAAAUCAAGUGGAUUGGUCUACCCACCAACUCAGCGCAAGAGUGCCAAAACCUAGAGGUGGAGAGACAAAGGCGGCUGGAGAGGAUUAAGCAGAAACAAUCACAGCUUCAGGAGCUCAUACUGCAGCAAAUAGCUUUUAAGAACCUGGUUCAGAGGAAUAGGCAGACAGAGCAGCAGGCAAACCGACCUCCACCUCCCAACUCCAUCAUCCACCUUCCUUUCAUUAUUGUCAACACCAGCAAGAAAACUGUCAUUGACUGCAGCAUCUCCAAUGACAAGUUCGAGUAUUUGUUUAACUUCGACAGCAUGUUUGAGAUCCACGAUGACAUCGAGGUGCUAAAACGUAUGGGCAUGGCCUGCGGCUUGGAGGUGGGAAAGUGUUCUCCAGAGGAUCUGAAAAUCGCACGUAGCCUGGUGCCCAAAGCUCUAGAGCCUUAUGUUAUAGAAAUGGCCAAAGGUCCCAUCAGUAACGUCUACAUCACUGGAGGUUCCUCUGCUAAUGGAGCCCGUUACCCUGCAAACAGUGAUGGCUGCACUGAUGGCACCAUGGCGUCCAGUUCAAACGAUUCUCACUACAGCGGGUCUCGUGUGGAGACUCCAGUGUCUUACAUGGGGGAUGACGACGAUGAGGAUGAGUACGAUGAGAAUGACGAUGAAGACUAACCUCCCUACACCUCGCCACUCCAACAAGCACAGUCUUCAAAACCACCCUCACCGUGGGAAUUUAGUCCACUGUCGUGUGUGCUUUUUUUUUUCUUUUCUCCCCUCCGCCCUGUUUACCUGUAUUUCUGUCUGGCUUUCUCAGGGGUGUCGAUGAAAAUUAAAAGAACAGAGGUGUUUGCACCCACCUUUUUCUGCUCCUGAGUCACCUGCACCACAGCUCAGUGGGAGGUGUCGUCCAAGGGAACUGUAGUCUUUGUCCCUGCCACCUGAAGUCUUUGUCUAAUCCACUUCUUAAUAAGCCAUCCCACUAAAAAGCAACUCUAAGGCCUACUGCUGUUGGAGAAUGUAUAAUGUACCUGUUUGACUUAUAAUUUUUUUUCUGCAGUUGCAUAUGGCAGACAUGAUCAAAAUGUUCCAAGGUGGCCAAAGUGUCUGCUGUGAGAUGUGUUGUUAGUGCAACACCAUGGAUUCGGAAUGGCUUAACACAGAUGCCACUGCAUCACAGUAUGGGGCUCCAUCACAUCUCGUCAUGCUUUGUUUGUUUUGUUUUGGUUUUGUGUUCUGAGCAAUUUGAAAUGGUUUCCCGAUUGUUUUUGGGCUGGCUUCCUUCUGUUCCGUAGGCAGCUGCUUUCCUGAUCUUCUUUGCUAGUUUUAUUUGUAUUCCAGAGUUGAGGAAUUCUCCAUCACCGCCCUGUUAAUGCCUUGGUAGUGUUUACAAAAUAAUGGCAGCAGCGAGGUAAAGACUUUCAUAACCCAGGCUCCUAGGUAAAUAAGCUUUCUUUGUUAAUUACAUAUAUGAAUCCUACAACAAUUGUAGCUUAUAGUUUCCUUUAGAGGCCAGUGGUAAAGAUAGACCUACAAAAAUUAUUGAUGUAACAAUGUGUGGUUGUAUAGGUCUUUAUGUACACCCUUCAAAGAUCUCCCUUUUAAAACUGAGCAACACGUGUACUGACUCUUCCAAAUACCUUUUUCUGUAAUCUAAUAUAAGUUUGCAAAUUAAAUAUAGAUUGUUUUAAUAAGUUUGUAUCCACAAUUCAUGAUUUUUCUGGGGUUGGGGUAAGGUCGACUGUCUGUUGGGUUGGAAACAAAGUUUGCUUAAAUAGUAAUAUGAGAGGUGAGCAGAAGGCGCUAGAAACGUCUAGCUGGGUCGUUGUCUCAACCCUGUCUAUUAAAAGAACUGGGGAAGGAAACUAGCUCGGUUUUUAAAGAAGUUGACUGCUUGUCAAAAGAAAACCACAAGGGAUACACUGCUUGGAUGCCUAACACUUGGGAAAAGGAUGCCUGACAAUGAUUAUGCUGCUGCAGUGUGAUUGGUUCUUACAUUAUGCUAGUUUGCUUUCUGUCAGCAGUUUUUAAUUAGAUUUGGCCAAAAACUGUGGAUACACUGCAGAUACUGGAAUAUUGGGGGGGGGGAGCAUUUAUUUUAGCAUCUGUUAAUUCUCUGAUAAACCGGAUCCUGUGACUUGUUUAGAGCUGUUGAGUUCUUUUAAUUCAGAAAUCCUGGAAGACUAACAGUUUAUCUAAUUUUGGCUCUGGAAUCCACCAUAAAAAAUACAAAAUAACACACAGAUGUGGUUGGAGGGAGUUUGCUUAAAUUUAAUUAAACUGUAAAAUUACACCAAUUUUAUACAUGGGCCCCAAUGAAAUUAGACAACUUCCAAUAAAAUAAAGAAAAAUUACAAAUGACUGAAAUCUAUAAAACUAUGGAUAUUACAAAGAAUGAGUUUUGCCAUUUUUGAUGUCUUGCCCAACCUCCUUCGAUUGUUUGUUCGUGGGUUUUUCUACCUAAUUUGGUUGGUUUGGCAUUGUCAUUGCAUAACUUUCCACUUUACCUUUGUCCAAACACAUUUGGGUUGCUCUUGCAUUAACGUUUAAUUCACUGUUUUAAGCUUUGCUGCGUUUGGCUGAAGACAGUAAAGCUCUGUACGAUUCAGAAUUCAUCUUGCUGCUUCUGUGUUUUGUCACAUCAUCAAUAAACAGUCGUGAAACCAG